GCAUUACCAAGGCAGUCUACUAGUACUCAACAAGUCAAAGUUAAUCAGUUAAUACUAAAAUAAUAAUAAUUAUACGUAUAUAUGUGUGAAUAAGUUUUGUUGAUAAUUAUUUUAUUAAAUCAGGGUCAAAACUCAUGAAGACAUACAAAUUUAUCUAUAAUCGUAUAAUAAAUUAUUAGUAAUUAAAAUGUCGUGUAGAAAUAGUUUUUUUAUAUUUAAUAAUUUCUUAUUAAUUAUUAGUUUAGUUAGCGUGUUUAAUUAUUGUAGUAUUAAUUCACAAUACGUACAACGAGAAUGUAAAACACCAAACAACGAAGAUGGGGAAUGUAUAAAAAUUCAAGACUGCCCAAUUUUAUACAACAAGUUAAGCAUUAGAAAUAAAUCACCUGCCACAGUUGAAUUUUUACAAAAAUCCCAAUGUGGUGUUGUAAAUGAAUCUCCAUUGGUAUGCUGUGGAACCCUUGGUGAAUUUGCCACAACAUCUAGAACUACCUCUACUGAAGGAUAUGCAUUUAAUACAGGUGAACGAUUUGGUAGUCAAUCUUCUUUUAGUGGCAAUAAUCAAAACGGUCAAAAAGAUCGAAAUAGACAGUUAAGGCUAUUGCCAUCUCGUAGCGAAUGUGGGGUACAAUCAUCGACUUCCCGUAUAUUUGGUGGGGAAUCCACAGAUCUCGAUGAAUUUCCAUGGAUGGCAUUGCUGGAAUAUGAAAAAAAUGGAAAGAGUACUGGAUUUUCUUGUGGUGGUGCAUUAAUUAGUAAACGCUAUGUACUUACCGCCGCACAUUGUGUUACAGGUGCUAUUACUAGAAGUAAUGGAAAAUUAUUUAGUGUAAGACUAGGCGAAUAUAAUACUGACACGGGUGUUGAUUGUGUGCCAAAUAGUGGCUGUAACGAACCACCAGUAAAUGUUCGUGUUGAUAAAGUUAUUCCACAUGAUAAUUAUGAUGACCGUGUUCGAGGAAAAUUCAAUGAUAUCGCGUUAGUUCGAUUAGAGCGUGAUGUUAAAUUUUCAUAUUUUAUAAAACCAAUUUGUUUGCCAUUGGAUACCCAAAAUGAUUAUGUACAACCAGGAGAUAAAUUAUUUGUUGCUGGAUGGGGAUUAACUGAAUUAAAUAUUUACAGUCCAGUAAAAUUGAAACUACGCUUACCACUAGUCAAUAAUGACGAUUGUAGAAAAAAAUUUAAAUUGGCGAGAGUAACUUUGCGAUCAAAUCAAAUAUGUGCUGGUGGCGAAAAAGCUAAGGAUUCAUGUAAAGGUGACAGUGGCGGACCAUUAAUGAGUGUAUCGAAAAAUGACGCUGAUAAAUGGUAUGCAGAAGGUAUUGUAUCAUUUGGUACGGAGUGUGGAACAGCUGGAUGGCCUGGUAUAUACACCAAAGUAUCUGAAUUUCUUGAUUGGAUUAUUAAUAACAUUGAAUAAAAAUUUUAAAUGUA